CCCCCGUCUUUUGUGAUUGGCCGGUUUGGUCUCCCCUGCGUUUUGCUGAUGUAAAUCUCUGCUGGGGAGGGGUGGAGAUAUGUGCAGCCUGCUUCUGAUACUGAAGGACGCUGCUAUAAAAACUCGGCUGCUCUUUGCUGACAAAAACCAGAGGCGGCUUUGGAUUUUUAAGACUCCAACAUGUGCAAAGGGCUUGCUACACUUCCUGCGACGUGCUUGAAAAGCGCAAAGGACAUCAAGCACAAAAUAAGCUUCUUGCUGCAGAAGCCAGAGCCUCAAGCAGCCGAUCAGAAAGAGAUCAAGGAGAAAAGCGUCGCUGCUGCAAAGAGAGUUCCUGAUGCAGCUGAGGUGGAGAAAUGGAAGGAAUCUUUCAGCCACGUGAUGAGCAGUGACGUGGGUCGUGUGGUUUUCACCUCAUUCCUGAAGUCCGAAUUCAGCCAGGAAAACGUGGACUUCUGGACCGCUUGUGAGGACUAUAGGAAGACUCCACCUUCCAAGAUGGCAACCAAAGCCAAGCAGAUCUAUCAACAAUACGUGGCGGCCGAUGCUCCGAAUGAGGUAAACUUGGAUGCUGCAACCAGAGACAAAACCAGACAGGAAGUGGAAAACGGCAGCCCGGCGUGCUUCGACGAGGCUCAGAAGAUGAUCUACGCUUUAAUGGAAAAAGACUCGUACAGGCGCUUCCUGAAAUCCAAACUGAUUCAGGAUCUGUGCCAGAAAGGGACGUGCUGCGCUCUGGAGAAGAAGAGCUGUGACUGGGCCGAGAGCAGGCAGGUGUUAGCUGGUGGGGCCUAAACUGGACGGAGCUUUAAAGCAGGUGCCAAAGAAUGAAAAUGUGAGAGAGAACCAGGCUAGGAAGGAAGGAUGUUUGGAAAAACGUUGGUUCUGAAGGCAACAUAACGUUACUUUGGAACGAGUUUCCCUCUAGAGAUACUCCUACUUGCUGUUUGCUGUUUAGUCAUGAAAAAAUAAUCAAAAGUUCCUCAUUUCUGCAUUCACAUUUAGCUAUUUGUGAUGUUCUCAGUCAGUCUGACAAAGACAGACGACAUGCUUCAAACUUUCAUCUAGAAAACAUUAAAUUAAUCCGUCUGCAGAAACAAACGAUGCUUCCACUUUUCCAGCAAAUGCAACUGGCUCUCGUUAUUUUCAGCAACGACAAAAACAGUGAAAAGUUUCUCACCUGCAAACAAGCGUUUUAUUUUGAAAGAAUUCGGUCAUCUAUGGAAAGAGGAAAGACCUGGGAAUGUUUUGAUCGGAUUGUUUGAAACUUUAACGUGAAAGUUUAUUCCAAACUUUUGUAAAAUGCAUGCAAAAGGGAAAAUUUGACUCGUGAUUUUAUUUAAUGUCAAGGGAAGAAAAGUGUAGAACAGGAUUUUUUUUUAAAUUAUUUUGUCUAAUUUUAAAAAUAAGAUGAAAUGUUACAUGUAGAAAUGGAAGAAAAAAGAGAAAAUUGAUAAAAAGUAAACAAAAACUAACAGAUAAUGAGUUAUUAAUGCGUACGUCUUUUAUAAAAAUGAUUGUUUUAAGUGGAUAAUGAACUACGGCGUCAAAGCAAAAUUAUUGACAUCCAAAAAUCAGGUUUUGGUCUUACACAAGAUUAAAAACAUUUGGAAAUUUUACAAAAAAUAAAAAAAAUAAAAAAAAUAAAUAGAAACCAAAUUUUGAUGGAGAUGUGCAAUGUAGAAAAACAUAAUAGUUUAAUGAUUGAGUAAAUAAUAUGUUAUUAUUAGUUUUCCAGCUAUGUAUUAAUUCUAAACAGAAAAAAUUCUAAAAAAUACAGUAGUUAAUCGGUUAAAUAUGCAAAACGGAACUAUAAGGUCAGGCUGUUUUUGACUUGGGGGAAGAAAAUGAUGUGAAAAUAUAUUGUUUAUCAUUAAAUUAGGUUUCAUUUGCAAGAAAUGUCAGGGCCGGGCUUGGUCUUGUUCUUAGAGGACGUUGUGCAAAUUAACUUGUUGCAAUUUAGUCUCUGAGUGUCUCCAUUAGGGGUGUGAAUCUUAGAGCAACUCACGAUUUGAUCCGAUUCCAAUUCUCGGGGUGCCGAUUCGAUUCAGAAUCGAUUCUCGAUUCUCAAUUUAAAUUGAUUCACAAUCAGUAUUAACAAAGAGUGUCAGCUCCAGGAUGAACUACUUUGUUGUACAAGUUAGUUAAAGCUAUGGGACGUUUUUAUUUGACUUUAAACUGGUCAUGCUCCAAAAAUGCUGAUUUACAAUGUAAACUAAAGUGAUUCUAAAACUGUAAACAGAAACAAUCUUUUGACCAAAAGGCAACAUUUAUUUUUGCUUACCUUGUAAAAUAUAACAAAUCUGUAGUUACCUAACAGUAGCUUUGAAAGUAAUACGGUCAAAUACUUUUCAAGUAUGUGUAGAAACAAGUUACAUGAGUAAUCCUGAGUACUCAUUUAUCAACUUAGAAAAUAAAUAUGAGAAUAUCUCAAAUUUCUGUGUACGGAAAAAAAUGACAUUCAAGUGUCCUCUUAUCAGCAGAUUCAAACAUGAAUCAUCUCAAUUUAUGUGACCACAAAAGUAAACGGAGUACUGACUCUCCUAACAAAGAUCAAAAAAGUGCAUCUCAAACCUGUAACGUGCCAAAUAUUUGAGUUCUUGGAAUCGAUUCUGAACCUUUGUGAAUCGAUUCUGAAUCUUUAUAAAUAAGAAUCCCGAUUCAGACUUGAAUCGAUUUUUUUCAGCACCUCUAGUCUCCGUUAUGUCUCCUUUUAUUUUCAAUUUCAUCACUAAACCAUCAGAGUUUAGGAAGGGGUCCCAGAUGGGUUUAGUUUCAGAGGAAAUGUGUCCCACAGAUUUCUGCCAACAUGUUCUCUCAAAUUUAGAAACCUUAGCAAACAUUAGGAGAUAUGCUGAAAAGCCUUUUAUGAAUGUUGUCAUUCACAGUCACGAGCCAGUAAGGUUAACUGUUCUUCCUAAUCAGAAGAUAACAACCGUGACAUGAAAUGCAUGUAAAAUCCAUCCUAGCAUAGAUCACAUUUGUCUUAAUAAGACAUUAUUGCCUUUUAUAUUGUCUCAUUUAAGCUACAACUGAUCAAAUUACUUAAUAAAUGAUGGUUUUGUUACACAUGGUGUUUUAUUUUGAAAAAAGAGGUCAUAAAGUGGCUCUGAAAGCUGACACUCAACAUCAUUAAAAGCGUUUAGACAUUUCUUUGAAGAAAAAAAGCAGAUUGUUUUAUUUAAGUCAUCAGUCGCAUUUUUAAACUUUAUUUAACAUAAAAGGAAAAUGUCAAAUUUGUAAACGGUAUUAAAAGCAUUUAUUCAUACGUUUAACCCUCUCAGGCUCAAAAUAAGUUUUGAUAAAAGGACGACAACUAAGUCCUUCAGGGUUACUUCUGAGUUAAGAAAUGCUCAUGAAAUACGUGCGUGGAGUAACCAGGUAGGUAGGUUUUAACGUUGCUAAUCUGCAACGCCUACCUCCAGAGGGUUAAAGGCGACUCACGCUGCACCGUGUACCAUAUUACAAAUAUUUGUUACCAAUUUUAUCAAAAAGUCUUUUCAUUUUUAUAAUUUUUAUUAAAUUACCCAGUAAAAUAAACUUGGGACACAUUUAAACAGCAGCAGAUGUGGGAUCGCCUCACUUUAUGAAGUCUGACCAUCAUCGUGCUGUAUAAACAUCCUAAAGCCAUCCAACACUGUGAAAAUGGAGGCUUGGAGUGUUUCUCAAUGUCAAGGCACCUGGCCUUGCGAGGCGACGUCUUGCUUACGAGGACACUGUCCUUCCUUGGUCAAAGAAAACGGUUAAAUGGAACAGACUUGCAUCACGUGACCGCGGCUUCCACGGCGGUCACGUAGCGUCAAGUGACACGAGAGAUAACGUUAUAUUUUAUACGUAUUAGUUUAAAUAUAAAUAUAUAAUGAGCUUUUACUUUUUAAAUUGUGUUUAUGUUUAUUAAAUUAAAAAUAUAAGCGAGUUACUACCUGCUAGCCACCGAAGCUGCAACUACUAAGCAACUAACCAACCAUAGAUAACUUCUUUGGAUCUAAAAAAAACAUUUUGAAUUAGUUGACUUACUUUUAAACUUGAAAAUUGUCCCCGAAGUAGCUGCCGGUUUUUGAUUUGCCAUCCUUUUGAAAAUACUGCGGUGUAUUGUGGGUAAUUUUUGACCAAGGUUAGGCUACAAGACACCUCUCAUGUAUCCUAGCUCAGCUAGCUAAACGGCUAACAAACGGAGAACAAACGCCUCGGUAAAACAUGAACAUUGGAACAAGUCUUGGUGGCUCCUGAUGACGUAUCUCCGAGGCAACCGGGGCGGGGCCAAGACAUCAAGGCAAGGUUCCUUGGCAUUGAGAAACGCCCAUGGUCUACUUUCCGUGGAAACGCGGAGCAUGCUUCAAUAUCAGUGGUGGUUGUUUUCUGCUGCAUGCCACGUAGCGUCUAAAAAGUUGGUGAAUGAUAAACUUGUGACUUUUUUAAGGGAUUCGUAUGCAUUGUUGUGAAACUCAGGCUGAUUGUUCAGAUUUUCACUAGACCUCAUGUGCUAACUUCAAAAUGAGACGUAAUCCCGGCCUUGUGUACUGUUCAAUCCAAAUGUGAUGAAUUAAAAAACUUGAUGAUGUUUGUUCAAAGUCAUUCAAUGAUGCUUUGCUCUAUUUAUGUCGUGUCUGUGAUUAGUGCAAAAAUAAACCCAGAUUUUGGA